GACAUGCGCCCGCACCUGCUGCUGCUGCUCGCGCUGUGCGGCGCGGGCUCCGCGGCCGGGGCGCGCAGCUACAGCCUGCGGGGCCGCUGGACCGUCCGCAGCGGCAACGGCUCGCUGGAGCUGCCCGGGCAGGUCCCCGGCUGCGUGCACAGCGCCCUGCUCCAGCAGGGCCUGAUCCAGGAUCCUUACUAUAGAUUUAAUGACCUUAACUAUAGAUGGAUCUCCUUGGAUAACUGGACCUAUAGCAAGAAAUUUGAAAUCCCCUUUGAUUUUAGCAAAUGGCAAAAAGUAAAUUUGAUUUUUGAGGGAGUAGAUACAGUUUCAAAAGUCCUGUUCAAUGAAGUCACUAUUGGGGAAACAGACAACAUGUUCAGUACAUAUGGUUUCGACGUCAGCGGCCUGGUCGGCGCGGCCAACUCGGUGGAGCUGCGCUUCCAGUCGGCGGUGCUGGCGGCGGCGCAGCGCAGCCGGGCCCACGCGGGCCCCCCGCCGCUCCCCGCGUGCCCGCCGCGCGAGCAGAAGGGCGAGUGCCACGUCAACUUCCUCCGCAAGGAGCAAUGUUCCUUUAGUUGGGACUGGGGGCCUUCCUUUCCUACCCAGGGAAUCUGGAAAGAUGUUAGAAUUGAAGCCUAUAAUAUUUGUCAUCUGAAUUACUUCACCUUUUCCCCAGUAUAUGAUAACGGAACCAAGGAGUGGCAUCUGGAAAUACAGUCUUCUUUUGAUGUUGUCAGCUCAAAGCCAGUUGGUGGUCAAGUGACCGUAGCCAUCCCUAAAUUGCAAACACAGUGGACGUACAAAAUUGAACUUCAACCCGGGGAAAGGAUUGUUGAGCUAUCUGUGAAAAUUAACGAGAAUAUUACCGUAGAAACUUGGUGGCCUCAUGGACAUGGAAACCAGACUGGGUACAACAUGACAAUUCUUUUUGAACUAGAUGGAGGCUUAAAUAUUGAAAAAUCAGCAAAGGUUUAUUUUAGGACGGUGGAACUUAUACAAGAGCCCAUAAAAGGGUCUCCCGGUCUGAGUUUUUACUUUAAAAUUAAUGGAUUUCCCAUAUUUCUGAAAGGCUCGAACUGGGUCCCAGCAGAUUCGUUCCAGGAUCGAGUAACCUCUGAUGUCUUACGGCUCCUUUUGCAGUCUGUUGUGGAUGCUAACAUGAAUACUCUCCGGGUUUGGGGAGGAGGAAUUUAUGAGCAGGAUGAAUUUUAUGAACUCUGUGAUGAACUAGGAAUAAUGGUGUGGCAGGAUUUUAUGUUCGCCUGUGCCCUCUAUCCCACUGAUCAAGGCUUCAUUGAUUCGGUGAGAGCAGAAGUUGCUUACCAGAUCAGGAGGCUGAAAUCUCAUCCCUCUGUUAUCAUAUGGGGUGGCAAUAAUGAAAAUGAAGCAGCACUGAGUAUGGAUUGGUAUCAUAUCAAUUUUACUUACCUGCAAACCUACAUGGAUGACUAUGUGACACUUUAUGUGAAAAACAUCAGAGAGAUUGUCUUGGCGGGAGAUAAGAGUCGUCCUUUUAUUCCGUCCAGUCCUACAAAUGGGGCUGAAACCAUUGCAGAACACUGGAUCUCUAAGAACCCUAAUAGCAAAUAUUUUGGAGACGUACAUUUUUAUGAUUAUAUCAGUGAUUGCUGGAAUUGGAAAAUUUUCCCAAAAGCUCGAUUUGCAUCUGAAUAUGGAUACCAGUCUUGGCCUUCCUUCAGCACCUUGGAAAAGGUCUCAUCUAAAGAGGACUGGUCUUUCAAUAGCAAAUUUGCACUUCACCGACAACAUCAUGCAAAUGGUAACAAUCAAAUGCUCAAUCAGGCCAGAUUUCAUUUCAAACUCCCUGAAAGCACAGACCCCUUACGCGAAUUUAAAGAUACCAUCUACCUUACUCAGGUGACGCAGGCCCAGUGUGUCAAAACAGAAACCGAAUUCUACCUCCGCAGCCGCAGCGAGAUAGUGGAGCAGCAAGGGCACACCAUGGGGGCACUUUACUGGCAGUUGAAUGACAUCUGGCAGGCUCCUUCCUGGGCCUCUCUAGAGUACGGAGGAAAGUGGAAAAUGUUGCAUUACUUCGCUCGCCAUUUCUUUGCUCCCUUGUUGCCAGUGGGCUUUGAGGACCAAAGUGUGUUCUAUGUCUAUGUCGUGUCAGACCUUCACUCCAGCCAAACCGUGGCACUCACGGUGCGGGUGCACGCGUGGAGCUCGCUGCAGCCGCGGUGCGAGCGCGUGAGCCCGGGCGUGGAGGCGGGCGCGGGCCGGGCGGUGCGCGCCUUCGCGGAGCCGGUGGAGGCGCUGCUGCGGUGCGCGGGCUGCUCGCGCGAGCGCUGCCUGCUCUCCUUCCACCUGUCGGCCGGCCGCGAGCGCGUGGGCCCGCUCAACUACCACUUCCUGUCCUCGCCGAAGGACGCCGUGGGGCUCCGCAAGGCCAACAUCACCGCCAUCAUCUCUCAGGAAGGUGGCACAUUCAUCUUUGAUCUGCACACCUCAGCUGUCGCUCCCUUUGUGUGGCUGGACGUGGGAAGCAUCCCGGGGAGAUUUAGUGACAACGGUUUCCUCAUGACGGAGGAGAGACGGCGUGUGCUAUUUUACCCUUGGAAGCGCACCAGCAAGAGUGAACUGGAGCAGUCUUUUCACGUGACCUCCCUGCGGGAUAUUUACUGAGGCCCAGGCUGUGCUCAGCGGCGGGACCGGCGUCUGCCCAGCGCCGGCUGGGGAGGGAGACGACCCAGGCGACCGGAAGCCGCGCCCGAGCGCUCCGCCGCUCCGCCCGCGCUGCCAGGGACGGUUUGCGCAGGCCACGUCCCGGGCCAGCCUGUGCCCGCCGUCCGUGCAGCUGGGCCGGCUGCGUCUUCAGCCCGCGCCCCCGGCCUUGGCGGCCCC